AUGAGAAGGGCAGGGGUGAUAGAGUCGGGGAGACGGAGGUGGGCUCCAUGGCCUUGCCGGCUGCCUGGGGCACGAGGGGCUGUAUUGGCCGGUGCGCCGGCUCUUACUUACUGCCCCCCAGCUGCCCCCGAUGUGCUCUGUGGUAGUGCCGUGGUGAGGGGCUGUCAGGCUGCGGAGCCACCCUGGCUCCGCUCCCUUGGCUGCAGGUGGGUAGGCGGUUUUGCCCCGUGCGUGACUGGCCUUGGCCUUGGCCUGGGAUCUGGCGCCCCGGGGGUGGCGCCAGGGCUCUGCUGGAAGGGUGUUCGGGUCUCAGGCUGCCCAGGGGCCAAGGGCAGCCUGGUGGGAGCGUCAGCCCCUCACGAGGGGCCCUGGCACUCGCUCGGGCACAGGGAGGCGCAGCUGCACCCGUUUCUCCUUCUCCCUCUGAGGUGGCUGGCUGGGAGCUGAGCCAUGCUGGCAGAGCCGGGCCCUGCAAGAGGCAGCGCAGAGAGCAACGGGCCCCAUGGAUUCCCAGGUGCUGACGUUGAGGGGGAUGCUGUCACCGAGAAGGCAGCUGUGCUCCCUGCCCGCCGCAAGGGCCCUGCUGCCUCUGGCCCCAGGAGGCAGCGGCAGGAAGGGCUCACAGCUCCUCCGAGCGAUGGGCGUAGCCGGCGCAGCAGCGGCUGCUACCCUCUCAACCCAGAGCGCCUCAAGCAGGGCAGGCUGCACGUGGAGAGAGCCGUCAAGCAAAGGAAGAUCUUCAUGCUGCAUGGCCCAUACCCCGUGAUCCGGAGACUGCUGCGCAGCCGGGGCUGGGUGGAGAAGAAGGCCCCCAAGGCAGCACACAGAUGGGAACGAGCGCCCGACGGCGAGGAGGAUGGGGAGGGGGACGACAGCGACGGUGCCGAGGAGGAGUCCCCAAGAGAGACUGGUGGGAAGAAGGGCAGCCCCCUGCCACCGCAGCUCAUCGAGACGGCCCUGCAGGCCUGCGAGGAGCACCUGAGCAGCCUGACACACCAGGAUAUAGACAGGGAGCCCGAGUCCCCUCUCUGCAUGACGGGGGCACGGUGGGGGGACUUCCUGCGCGCCUACUACCAGGUGAUUCACGAAGGGGCGCUCCUGGACCAGCUGGGCUCCCACGUCGAACAGUGCGAGCACGUCCUGCAGCGCCUGGCCGAGGUGCUCCCACAGCUGGAGAUGGAGGGGGACCGCAAUAUCUGGAUUGUGAAGCCAGGCGCCAAGUCGCGGGGCAGAGGAAUCAUCUGCAUGGACCGCCUGGAGGAGAUGCUGAAGCUGGUGGAUUGCGACCCCAUGAUCGUGAAGGACGGCAAGUGGGUGGUGCAGAAAUACAUCGAGAGACCCCUGCUCAUCCACGACACCAAGUUCGACCUGCGGCAGUGGUUCCUGGUGACGGACUGGAACCCGCUCACCAUCUGGUUCUACCGAGACAGCUACCUCCGCUUCUGCACGCAACCCUUCUCCCUGCACAACCUGGACACCUCCAUCCACCUGUGCAAUAACUCCAUCCAGAGGCACUACGAGAACUCGCUGAGCCGCCACCCCCAGCUGCCCCCCGACAACAUGUGGUCAUCGCAGCAGUUCCAGGCCCACCUGCAGCAGGCGGGGGCGGCAGGCGCCUGGCAGGAGGUGAUCGUCCCGGGCAUGAAGGCGGCCAUCAUCCACACCAUGCAGACCUCCCAGGACGUGGUGGAGUUCCGCAAGAGCAGCUUUGAGCUAUACGGGGCAGACUUCAUGUUCGGGGAGAAUUGCCAGCCCUGGCUGAUCGAGAUCAACGCCAGCCCCACCAUGGCGGCCUCCACGGCCGUGACCAGCCGGCUGUGCGCCAGCGUUCAGGAGGACACGCUCCGUGUGGUCAUUGACCGCAAACAUGACCGCAGCUGCCACACGGGGGCCUUUGAGCUCAUCUACAAGCAGGCAGCUGUCGACGUGCCCCAAUACGUAGGAAUAAGCCUUUUGGUGGAAGGAUCCACUGUCAAAAAGCCACGGCCUCCAAACCACAGACUCUCCCCCAGUGCCAGCCCCAGGCCGGGCCCCAGUGUGCCCAGCUGCCCGCAGCACUUCCAAGCACUCCCACAGAGCUCCCCUCGUGGGCCCAGGGCUCCACAGCUCGCCAGGCCUCCGGCGCCAGUCAGCGGCAAGGAGAACAGAGCCAGGGAGCUGGGGGCCGCCAACAGGGCCUCUGCUGCAGCUGGCACCCGGCCGAAGCUGCCCAGCAAGGUGCGAGCAGAGCCAGGCAGGAGGCUGCUAGAGCUGCACAGCGCGGCCACCUCCCCGCUGGGGGACAAGCUGGUGCCGCUGGGCCAGCCCAGGCUCUGUCAGAAAUGCAGCUCCCAGGGGCCAGUCCCCAGCCCCAGGGCACCCCCACGCCUCCAGCUCAGCAAGGCCAACGGCCCCAAGGGGCAGCUGCAGAGGCCCGCCCGGCAGCCAGGUAGGGAGCUGCAGCUGCAUGUGCGGGACUUAUGCACCUUCCAGCUGGGCUGUGGGCACGCGGCCACCCCCACUCACCCCCUUGCUUGCUCUCCAGGGAAGCCCAGUGUGCCAGAGCGCCAGUGGGGGCAUGCCCAGGCUGCGCUGCGGGAGAGGCCCCCAGCCCCUCCUGCCAGGCCUGGCCAGCAGUGUGCCAGGGGCUGGCCACGCAGGGCCCCCCACCCAGCCUCUGCCCCUGAGCUCGGGGCCUUGCACAUGGCCGUGGGCAGAAGGAAGCAGAAGAGAGACAGGCUGUGCAGGUGAUGGAGGGAGCUGCCCCUGGGGCUGCUGGCAGCAGCGAGGGAGUCAUGCCAGGGGCUGGUGCCCUCCAAUAAAGGGAUCAAGAGAAGGAGCUGGAGUUUGUAAUGUGGGCAGGAAAUGCAGCCUGGUGCUGCCUUCACUUGGGGGGUGGCUGGCAGGGCCAGGGCCUGGGGCCAGCUGCAGGCUCCACAUCCCAGGAGGCAGCCCCCUUUCCCCUUGCCUUUAGGGCACAGGGUUGCUGCUUGGCUUCUCUGGCCUGUCUCCUUUCCACAGCUGAAAAGGGAAGUGGUGUGUGCAGUGCUCUCCCCUGCGCUGCGGGGUGGGUGGGCAGGUUGGGUGCUGUACUGGGCGGGGGGUGGGGGGCAGAGCUGGGCACUACCCUGGCCCAGGUUAUGGCAUGGAGCUGGGCACUGCUCUGGGGGAGGGAGGUGGGUACUGCACUGGGCAGGGGAAGGAGGGCAUGGAGCCAGGCCCCCCCGCCCUGGCAGAGGCGGUGAACAAGCUUCAGGCUGUAGGGUAGGGAGCAAGGCCUGUGGUCCAGCUGAAUGGGGCUAGGCCCUGGGGAGGGACUGGCUAGACCCCAGUUCAGGCCUUGCCCGUGCGUAUUUCUCUUUCCUUCCCAGGCCCCCCAGAGACGUGCAGGCUCCAAGGCCUCUGCUGCCCUGCUGGAAACCCCUGGGCUGGUUUGCACCCUGGCAGCAAGGCAGUCACCUCCAGCAGUGAACCCGAGUGCUCGGGGCAUGGCCUUCUGCCCUG